GGCGCAAGAGCUUGAGGAGUUGAAGAAGCUUUUGAAGGAAAGGGAGAGGAGUUAGAAGAGACUUUGGACUUUUGUCAGAAGCAACAGGAUCAAAUGAUUCUGAUGAAGCUAAAAGGCGUUCUGAAGCCACAAGAGCAAGUGAUUGAAGAAGUAGGGGAAAUGAGACAAAUCGAAUGGUUUUGGGGAAAGGGAGAGGAGUUAGAAGAGACUUUGGGCUUUUGUCAGAAGCAACAGGAACAAAUGAUUCUGAUGAAGCUAAAAGGCGUUCUGAAGCCACAGGAGCAAGUGAUUGAAGUAGGGGAAAUGAGACAAAUCGAAUGGUUUUGGGCAAACUAAAUUGCUUUCUUCUUCUUCUUCUUCUUCUUCUUCUUCCCACCAUUGGUCCAUAGCAACUCCUAACAAACUCAGCUACAGUAAUUGGUGGACUUAACAUGGUAGAAGAGUUUUUGAAAUAAUAAUUUGGGCUUUAAAUAUUGUAGUUCAGGACAGGAAAUGAGACAAAUCGAAUGGUUUUGGGCAGAUUAAAUUGCUUUCUUCUUCUUCUUCUUCUUCCCAUUGUUGGUUCGUAGCUCCUCCGAACAUCAUCUGCUACAAUUGUUGGCGUUCUUAUCGUGGUAGAGUUUUUUUUGUAAUAAUUUUUUGUUUUUUUAUUGUUGUUGUUGCGGGGCGGUGUUCUUCUUCUUCUUCUUCCCACCAUUGGUCCAGAGCAACUCCUAACAAACAAACAAACUCAGCUACAGCGAUUGGACUUAACAUGGUAGAAGAGUUUUUGAAAUAAUAAUUUGGGCUUUAA